AUGUCUCUGCGCACACAUCAGCGCAAGUCGUACUGGCGGGACCCGACCAAGGAGGACCUCUUUCGCGAGGCGUUUGGCCUGCCAGAUGAAGAGCAGCCUCUUGGAGAAGUGCACGCUGUGCUGGCAAUGGCCGGGCACGAGGAUGCCUACUCCGGCAAACUGUACCUGUCGACGUCCUACCUGACCUUCACUUCGCUCGACCGGAGAUCUUGCCGCCUUACGCUACCUCUGGCGACUGUACGGCGAGUCGAGAAGUUGGCGCCUGGCCAGGAAGGAACCGCUGUCGGCGCAUUCGCUCUUGGCUUGACUCUGUUUCACGGUCUGCGUAUCAUCGUCCAACUCAACUCGCUUCGUCCAACGAACGAUGCCUUCUGCGCCAACCUGCGGGUCCGCCUGAAAGCCAGCCUGCCGCUCAUGAAGGCACUCAAACCGUUCGCCAACACGUUCUUCUCGGAGUGGUUUCUCUCGCCGGAUCGGGAGGACGAGGAGCGGCCGAAGAAGGACGAGGAGAGCAAGGUUGCCGAGUUGAUCUCGUUCGACGAGAAGGGCAAGGGCAAAGAGGAUGACGAGCCAUGGACGACCGAAUCGGGCAUCGACGGGCGCUUCCACGCCGGUCUUGGCAUGAUCUUCAAGUACCCGGGUGACCCUCGGAAACUGCGCGAGAAAUCGAAGAUGAAGCUCUGGCGGCAGUAUCUCCAAGACUACGGCCGCAACCUCACCCUCAUCCGAUACCCGUCCUUCACCCGGCUCGUCCUCGUCGGCCUUCCAAAUCGACUGCGAGGCGAGAUGUGGGAGCUCACGUGCGGCUCGAUGUUCAUGCGGCUUCAGAACCCGGGCAUGUACGAGCAGAUCUUGAAGGACAACGAGGGGCGGCGAAGCGCGAGUACCGACGACAUCGAGAAGGACCUGCACCGAUCAUUACCUGAGUAUCCCGCGUAUCAGGACGUAAAGGGCAUCGACACCAUGCGGCGAGUACUGACAGCGUACGCGUGGAGCAACCCUGCGCUCGGAUAUUGUCAGGCCAUGAACCUCGUCACCGCGUCCUUCCUCAUCUACAUGUCCGAAGAGCAAUGCUUUUGGUGCUUGUCGGUGCUCUGCGACCGCCUUCUUCCCGGCUACUACAGCCCCUCAAUGUACGGCACCGUACUCGACCAGCGAGUCUUCGAGCACCUCGUUCAGCGAUGCUUGCCGUCCCUGCACGACCACUUCGUCCAGGCCGAUAUUCAGCUUUCUGUCGCGUCUCUGCCUUGGUUCCUCUCCCUCUACAUCUCGUCCAUGCCGAUGGUCUUCGCCUUCCGCAUCAUCGACUGCUUCUUCCUCAUGGGCCCAAAAGUCCUCUUCCAGGUCGGUCUCGCCAUCCUCAAGCUCAACGGAGCCGCCCUCCUCGAGACAACCGAUGAUGGCGCGUUCAUCAACGUCCUGAAGUCCUUCUUUGCCACGCUUGGCGAAUCCGCGCAUCCCGACUCGCACGAUCCGCGACAACGGCAGGUCACCAAGUUCCAGGAACUGUUCGUCGUCGCUUUCCGCGAGUUUUCGAUCAUCACAGACGACACCAUUGCAUCGGAGCGCAAGCGCUUCCGGUCCGAGGUUCUCGUCUCCAUCGAGACUUUCGCCAAGCGCACGGCGAUCCGCAACCUGCAGACGACCGGUCGCCUCAACCAGGCGCAGCUCGGCUUGGCGUACGACCACUUCCAGCUCGCCGUCUUGCAGAUGAAGGAGCGGGAGCGGCAGGACAAGGCGGCGAACGGCUCGCGCAGUCGCUCAUCGUCGACAGUUGGCCGCUCGCCUGCGCAGUCGCCGCGACCUGACGGCGGCGCAUCAUCGCUAUCCAGCGGGUCGAAGCCGCCAAAGGAGGAGACCAAGCCUGAGGACCGCCUCGACCGGACAGCCUUCGGCCGGUUCAUGGCUGACGUCGCGACCUGGGCAAGGAACGAGAAGCUCGUCAAGAACGGCUUGCUGUCGCACAUCGAGCGCGAGCCGGCCGACCACGCCUUGAUCGACAAGGUCUUCCUGGCAUGGGACGUCACGCACGCCGGGUCGCUGUCGUUCCAGGACGUCAUCUCCGGCCUCGACACCGUUCUCUUCAACGACUUGAUGCUCAAUGUCAGCUGGCUUUUCAGCCUCUACGACGCGGACAAGGACGGCUACUUGACGAAGGACGAGGUUCUGCAAGUGUCCGAAGCGCUUCUCUUCAUCUUCCGCAAUGAGCCCGGCGACCGGUACCUCGGCAGUAUCUCCAACAUGCUCCAGAACCUGUUCGAGUACGGCGAGAGCACCAAGCCGCCAGCAAAGCCGCAAGACGGAACUCAGCCUGCCGACUCGCCCGAGAUCCAGUCGACGGAGUGGGCCGACAACGACCCCAACCGACCAUUCCUCUCGCACGCCACCUUCCGCAUGUGCAUCCUCGCUGAUGCAUUGCUCGAGGACUUCUUCGACUCGGACUUGACGAACAGCUGGCGGCUUGAAGUGCUCGUCCCGGAGGAGAAGCCGAAACCGCAGACGCUCGCUGGCGGAUGGUGGGGAGGACUGGUCAGCGCCAUCGUUACUGACGAGAAUAAGGAGCGCUUCAACCGGCUCGCAGAUGAGGUUGGCAAGCGACUUGACAUCCAGACAGUCGAGCAGCGCCCGAGCAUCGGCAAGCUCGACGCCGCAGCCGCCGCCAUCGAGCCUACCGCACGCGACUCGCUCUUCUCCACUUCCAGCAAUCGUAAAAAGGCGCCUCUCCCGCCCGCUUCCGACCAGUCAGCGGUCAACCCUCUCUCGGCAGCAGCAAUGCGCAUGCCUGCAUAUCCGACCCAGGAGAACCCGUGGGCGGAUGCGGCGAGCGAAAAGGGAGAGUUGUCGUCUUCGGCGCCCAAGCACGACAUCGACGUCCAGGCUCUCGCGCAGCAGGCGAUGCAGCGACCGCAGUUCGCCGUCGACGAAGCGACGGAAGGAGGCGAAGGAGAGGAUAUGUACGGCGGAGAGGGCGAGGAGGGCCUGCUCGGGCAGGUCGACGCGAUGUUGCAGGCCGACGACGCGAGUAGACACGACGAAGAUUUGCUGUAG